CGCGAGAACUGUCCGCUUGUGGGCGUCUGCGCCGAAAAACCGAAGUGUAAGUGACGGUUCGGAGAUAUCGCCGCCAAGCUGGGCACCGGGGAGAUGGCCGAGACGGACCCCAAGACUAUGCAGGACAUCACCUUGGUGGUGGAGACGCUCUUGCAGCAGAUGCAAGACAAGUUUCAGAUCAUGUCAGACCAGAUCAUCGGAAGGAUAGACGACAUGAGCAGCCGGAUUGAUGAUCUGGAGAAGAAUAUCGCUGACCUCAUGACCCAGGCUGGAGUAGAAGAGCUGGACGCGGAGAACAAGAUUCCUACUGCCCAGAAGAGUUGAAGGCUGCUGGUACUUGACACUGAAUCCAGAAUCUCGUUUUCCCGAGCCAAGACAAAACCAAGUGGCUUUCUGCAGCUAACUCCUAUGUGUGGACAGGUUUAUAAACGUGCAUUCUUAUCACAGCCUGCGUAGCCUAGAGUACCCCUACCCCAUCCCUCAAACUUGGUAUCUUUAUAUCUUGGUCAGUUCUAUUAAUUAUUAAACACUAAAAUUUUGGCGGUUUCUGGA